AUGAAACCCCUGUAUUUUGUCUUGGGCCUAUGGAUUCUUGGCACAUGUUUCCUGUCUGGUGAGUGUCAUAGAGGCCCCAGAGGACGAUAUGAUCCUAGAAGACCACCUCCGCCUCCUCCUCCUCCUCCUGGUCCCUUUGGUCCAGGAUUUCCUAGACCACAUCCUCCUUUCUUUGUUCCUGGAUUUGUUGGACCACUACCUCCUCCACCCUUUGGUCCAUAUCCACCUUUCAUACCAAGACCUCCACAACCCAGACCUCCAACCAAUCCUCCUGCCACUCCUCCUCCACCUCCUCCCACAACACAAGCAAAUACAACACCUAGUGCCAAUACCCCCCUAACUACUACUGCUGCCUCAAAUUCCACUGGUGAUUUUUUUAGAUGGUGGCAAGAAUUAAUUACCCUUUGGCGGUUAGGGUGA